UCCGAGUUGGACGGUCAGCCUGGUUCUAAAUAUUUAUGAAUUUUAUAAAUGCAUGAAUUUAAAUUGUGAUCAACUAUCCGUUUAAAUUUAAUAUACUCGAGAAACUUAAGCAAACUUAUCCUAAUAUCGACAAAUCAUCCCGACGUGGAAUGGUGGUAAGGAAGGUUGUAUUUCCACGUUUAAUCGAUCGACAAGUUAUUUUGAUGAUUAUGUUUUGAUGAGCUAUUUGAAAAAGUAGUUACUUUAUGCUUCCGUAUUGAAAUUAUGAAGAACUUGUGAAGUUGAGAACUUGGGAAACAGUUUUUGAACUAUGUUGUUGAUUUUGUUCCUGCUCAACGGCGCGAAUAGUUAUAGAUUGCCCGGCAGCUGUGCGCUCGGCUACUUCUAUGAGCCAAGUUUGAUGGAUUGCCUGGCUUGCCCGGGUAAUACUUCGUUAGUUACAGCAGCUGAUGGGUUUGGCUGUUCUUGCGAGGAGCACAGUAUACCGGUUGAUGUAAUCAGAUGCAGGCCAUGUAAUAUCACAGAAGUAGUUGCCUCUGAUGGAAGGUCGUGUGUGCCAAGGCGUUGCCAAAGCUCUGCUGGCAGGAUCUCCUGCAGAAAAUGUCCUCGGGAUUAUAUAUCAGUUACACAAAAUUUCGACGGUUCCCCAAUGAAAGAAGUUCAGUGCAUAAAAUGCUCACGAGGUUUCAAAGCAGUCGACAACAGAUGUGUGAGAUGCGAGGCUUGUUCGUGUGCCAAACACGAGGUUAUGGUCAAAGACAAGUGCAUACCCAAGAAGUAUGUAAUGGACCGGCCAAAAUACACUGAGAACCGUUUGCAUCCAGAUGAACUGUUGGAGAUUGUGAAGCUGGAAUAUCUGUGUACUCAACAAGACAUCAGAGCGUGUCGAUCUCUAGCGAGUUGGUGUGUUAGAAACUUUUACACGCCAGAACUUACAGGGCCCUGCAGACUUUGGCUACAACCUAAACUGAUUCAUUUUAAAGGUAACAAAAGCAUGUUUUUGAUACUCGUACAAGUAGUACUUAUGUAUUUGCAUACGUUACGAGUAAACGACGCGUGGUCUACGGGUGGAUUUAGAAAGUUCUUUCUUCUAAACAGAUUUCUUUCUACAACGACAAAUACGACCAGUGUGGUUUACCUGCGGACUUUAGAUAUACGUGUAAUUGUAAAAAGAGAUACGUCAAAAGUAGGUUACCUUCGUCUGGGGUUGGCUAUAGAGGCACAGUACGACACACCAGAUUCUAGUAUUUUAACUACAACCCUGAGAGUUGGACACGAUAUGCCAGAAGCAGGGGUGACUCAGGGACUGCAAAUAUGGGGAGGAGUUGUAGGAGUUCUCAUGGUGUUAUACGGUUUGGUACAAUGGCGCGGAGUUGUAAGAAGAGGGGGUUCUUACCUUUCUCUCGUUCCUCUGAUAACUAGCUCUGUGUCUGAUGCUUUACAUUUUGCGCCGUUAUUAGCGACGCUACACGCAUUGACAGCUGAAGCCGGCACCCUCGGACUGACCUUGCCCUUAUCACAAGCAGAAGAAGAAGUGAUUGCAGCACUGGUCUACACUUGCGUAUCAUUGAAGAACACGGGAAAAAUUGUAGUAAAUAUCGUUUAUUUUAUAGAAACAUCACUUAACGAGAAAUCAAAUGUAUGGAAAACAGACCUGUUAUUGAGAGAAUGGAUGUCUUUGCAGACGAAACGUAGAGUUUUACCUGGCUAUACCGUUACCUGCACUUUAUUAGUUUUACACUUUCUAUCACCCUGGCAGUCUUCAAUACCAAAAAGUGCAGGCUAUAAAUGGGUUGUAGCCAUGGUCACUUGGUGGUGUUCCUACACAGCUCUCCUUUGCACGCGGAUAUUGGUUGACAGAUUGGUAGAACCAUGUUCAACCAGGCUGGUCAAAGUGUGCACAGACCUUGAAAUGUCGGUGCUGGUCUUCCAAGAGGAGUGUUAUGCACAUUAUAUUAACGGAAGAAACGAGAAUUCGAUGGAUUUAAGGUCAAUGACUCAUCCCUUAUCUUCAUGUCGUGUCGUAUGUGCACCUCAAGUAAGGUGCGUAAAUAUGAAACAGUUUACAAAAAGCUCACAACAGCAGAAGCCUCAGAGCAAACUAAAUAAAAUAUUGAUUCUUCGUGAAGAACGUCCGCAAACUAAUUCAACAACCCUAAACUUUGAAUUUAUUUCAGAUGAUAUAACAGAAGGGCAUUCAAAUCGAGAGAUAUUGACCCAAUUUUUGGCUGCAUUUUUUGAGAGAGCACUAGAUGGCUUAAACUGGGUUGCCAGUGAAAGAACAAUAUUGGAGAAGUUAUUGGAUGUGGAGUUCGUUGCCAGAGAAGGUGGCAACACUAGCAUUCUUCUUUAUGACGCUGACGUCACAACUCCUUCGUGCUUGGCUGUGACGUGGUGGGGUGAAGAGUGGAUGCUAGCACCAUUUGACGCUAUGAUAUUCGGUUGUGUUCUAAUGGCUUCAGAACAAACACUUUUAGCCGGUCUAGUUACAUUGAUAGUUUGGAAGGUAAUGGAUUUUACACGAAUGCUGUGUGGAAAUUGGAAUGUAAAGAGAAAAAUUAAUUUAACCAGUUGAAAUAACAAUCGACGUACCAUAAUGUA